GUGCGGGCGCAGGAGCCGGCCGCCGCCGCGUCAGCCCCUGCGCGCCCUGGCCCGUCCCGGUAACGAGCUGUCUUCCCGCAGUCUCCCGAGUGGUGCCCUCCUCCCGCCGGUGCCCGAGCCGGGCCGUGGGGGGCAGCAUGCCCGCGCGCGCCGCCUGAGGACGCCGCGGCCCUCGUGCCCGCCAUGGGCGUCCCGGCCCGCGCCCUCGCGCUCUGCGUGGCCGUGGCCGUCGUGGCCGGCGUCGCCUCAGAGUCCCCGGGCACGGAGCAGCGCGUCGCGGGGAGAGCGGCAGAUGUCCUAGGGCCUGAUUCCGGCCAGCAGGAGCAGUUGGUGUUCAGCAGCGGGGACAUUGUGGAGCUGAGCUGCCACCCACCCGGAGGUGGUCCCAUGGGGCCCACUGUCUGGGUGAAGGACGGCACAGGGCUGGUGCCCUCAGAGCGCAUCCUGGUGGGGCCCCGGCGGCUGCAGGUGCUAAAUGCCUCCCAUGAGGACACAGGGGCCUACAGCUGCUGGCAGAGGCUCACCCAGCGCCUGCUCUGCCACUUCAGUGUGCGUGUGACAGAUGCUCCGUCCUCAGGAGAUGAUGAAGAUAGUGAGGACGAGGCUGAAGAUGCAGGGGCCCCUUACUGGACUCGGCCUGAGCGGAUGGACAAGAAGCUACUGGCUGUGCCGGCCGCCAACACUGUUCGCUUCCGCUGCCCGGCCGCCGGCAACCCCACUCCAUCCAUCUCCUGGCUGAAGAAUGGCAAGGAGUUCCGAGGCGAGCAUCGCAUUGGGGGCAUCAAGCUGCGGCACCAGCAGUGGAGCCUGGUCAUGGAGAGCGUGGUGCCCUCGGACCGCGGCAACUACACGUGCGUGGUGGAGAACAAGUUCGGCAGCCUGCGCCAGACGUACACGCUGGACGUGCUGGAGCGCUCCCCGCACCGCCCCAUCCUGCAGGCGGGGCUGCCGGCCAACCAGACGGCAGUGCUGGGCAGCGACGUGGAGUUCCACUGCAAGGUGUACAGUGAUGCGCAGCCCCACAUCCAGUGGCUCAAGCAUGUGGAGGUGAAUGGCAGCAAGGUGGGCCCCGACGGCACGCCCUACGUCACUGUGCUUAAGUCCUGGAUCAGUGAGAGUGUGGAGGCUGACGCGCGCCUCCGCCUGGCCAAUGUGUCGGAGCGGGACGGGGGCGAGUACCUCUGUCGAGCCACCAAUUUCAUAGGCGUGGCCGAGAAGGCCUUUUGGCUGCGCGUUCACGGGCCCCGAGCAGCCGAGGAGGAGCUGGCAGAAGCCGGCGAGGCCAGCAGCGUGUACACGGGUGUUCUCAGCUACGGGGCGGGCUUCUUCCUGUUCAUCCUGGUGGUGGCGGCCGUGACACUCUGCCGCCUACGCAGCCCCCCCAAGAAGGGCCUGGGCUCUCCCACUGUGCACAAGAUCUCUCGCUUCCCGCUCAAGCGACAGCAGGUGUCCUUGGAGUCCAACUCGUCCAUGAACUCCAACACCCCGCUGGUCCGCAUCGCUCGGUUGUCUUCAGGAGAGGGGCCCACAUUGGCUGACGUCUCUGAGCUUGAGCUGCCAGCUGACCCCAAGUGGGAGCUGCCCCGGGCCCGGCUGACCCUGGGCAAGCCUCUCGGGGAGGGCUGCUUUGGCCAGGUGGUCAUGGCGGAGGCCAUUGGCAUUGACAAGGACCGGGCUGCCAAGCCUGUCACUGUGGCCGUGAAGAUGCUGAAAGACAAUGCCACCGACAAGGACCUGUCCGACCUGGUGUCGGAGAUGGAGAUGAUGAAGAUGAUCGGCACACACAAGAACAUCAUCAACCUGCUGGGCGCCUGCACGCAGGGUGGGCCCCUGUACGUGCUGGUAGAGUACGCUGCCAAGGGCAACCUGCGUGAGUACCUACGGGCGCGGCGGCCCCCGGGCAUGGACUACUCCUUCGACACCUGCAAGCUGCCUGAGGAGCAGCUCACCUUCAAGGACCUGGUGUCCUGUGCCUACCAGGUGGCCCGGGGCAUGGAGUACCUGGCCUCGCAGAAGUGCAUCCAUAGGGACCUGGCUGCCCGCAAUGUGCUCGUGACUGAGGACAAUGUGAUGAAGAUCGCAGACUUUGGCCUGGCCCGAGAUGUACACAACCUCGACUACUACAAGAAGACCACCAACGGCCGGCUGCCCGUGAAGUGGAUGGCGCCUGAGGCCCUGUUUGACCGAGUCUACACCCACCAGAGUGACGUCUGGUCCUUCGGGGUCCUGCUCUGGGAGAUCUUCACGCUGGGGGGCUCACCAUACCCUGGCAUCCCCGUGGAGGAGCUCUUUAAACUGCUGAAGGAGGGCCACCGAAUGGACAAGCCGGCCAACUGCACACACGACCUGUACAUGGUCAUGCGGGAGUGCUGGCACGCCGCGCCCUCCCAGAGGCCCACCUUCAAGCAGCUGGUGGAAGACCUGGACCGCAUCCUCACCGUGACAUCCACCGACGAGUACCUGGACCUGUCAGUGCCCUUUGAGCAGUACUCUCCGGGCGGCCAGGACACCCCCAGCUCCAGCUCCUCUGGGGACGACUCCGUGUUUGCCCACGAUCUGCUGCCCCCGGCCCCGUCCAGCAGCGGGGGCCAGAGGACAUGAAAGCUGGCAGCCUGCAGGCUGAGCCCCCAACAAUGUGAGAGGGGACCCCAGCCCACCCUGUGCUGUUGGCGUGCGGUCGCCCCAGGCCAGAGACCCGGUAUAGACAGACAGUGCUUCAUACCUGUGCGUGCGUGUGUGUGUGUGUGUGUGUGUGUGUGUGUCUCGGCCGAAGGUUCAGCAGUCCCCUGGGGUGCCCAUGCUGCUUCCUGACCGUGCUGCAGCACCGAAGGGCCUUUGUUCUGGGGGGACAAAAUGUAGAAUGUAAGGUCCCAUGGGACCCCCAGGGGCAGGCACUGAGCCAAACUGCCACGGGCUCCGGCCCCCACCUGCCCUACUGGGAGCAUCAGGGGCCCGGCUCCAGCAUUCGGGGCCUUGGUCCCUCCAGUGCCCAGAGCUGAGCCUGCAGAAAAGCCCCCCUCGCCCCCCAUGACCUCCUGCCUGAGCGGCACCUGCUGGGGACAAGCGUCAGUGCACAGCACCCCCUCCAGGCUCCCCGCUUCCCCCCUGCCCCUCCGACUGAAAUUACGGGUACCUGAAGGUGGGAGCCUUUAACCUCUAUCUGCAAGGUUUAUUCCAGAAACAAGUGUACAUUUAUAUAAAUAGAUGCUGUGUAUAUGAUAUAUAUACAUACCUAUAUAUAAAAAUAUCUAUGUGGAAGAAGAGGCUGCACACUGAGGCCUGGGACCUCGGGUGCAGGAGGUGGGGGUCGCCCUGGUGGGGAGUCCCCCAGGGUACUCGCUGUUGACACAAACACAAACACAGGCAGGGGCACAGGGGCUUUUCUGGCACCACAGUUUUGUUUUAAAAAUUGUACCUGGACCUGUAUAUUUGUAAAGCUAUUUAUCAACCCCCAGCUCCCUUGCCCCCACCCCACGCUCAUAGCGUUUAGCCAGCCACAUGGCAGAGUUUAAGUUUUAAGUUAUUAACAGCUGAGCAGGUUUGUGCUGCGUUGUGAGGGGUUGCCGAGAAUGUACGUCCAGCCCACACCCCAGCUGGAGCCGGCCCCCUCGGAGCCUGGAAGGCCGCUACUAGUUGGAGAUGAUUCCGGUGAGGAUAGUUUAUUUCCUUUGGCCUUCUUUUGCAGGGGAAUUAGAUUUCUAUAGGAUUUUUCUUUAGGAGAUUUAUUUUUUUGGACUUCAAAACAAGCUGGUAUUUUCAUACGAAUUCUUCUAAUUGCUGUGUGUUCCAGGCAGGGAGGCGGCUUCCAGGGAAGGGCCCGCCCUGCGUGCAGGUUCAGAUGUUAUUAGAUGUUACAAGUUUAUAUAUAUCUAUAUAUAUAAUUUAUUGAGUUUUUACAAGAUGCAUUUGCUGUAGACUUAACACUUCUUACGCAAUGCUUCUAGAUUUUUAUAGCCUGGUCUGCUACCUUUCGAAGCUUGGCAGAGAAGCCGUGAAUUCAGUUUUGUUACUUUUUGUGCUGUUAAUGGCCUGAGUCUGGGUGGCUGUCCCUUGCUUGUCCGCUGGGCGGUGGCUCAGGGUGGUCUUUCCUCAUGGCCUAGCGUUUGGUGGCCAAGGUGUGGGCCCAAACCAGCAGAUGUGAUUUGUUAACCCAGCAGACGUACUUUCCAAACAAUAAAGCGAGAAGACCGGUUCCCACCCCUG